AUGACCCCAAAUCUUGAGCGCUUCCUGAAUACGAGCGCCUUCUUCAUAUUCGCCCUUGUCUUGCUAGCAUUCAUACUCCUUACCCCCGUCGACGCCGUCUACCAAUGUUACACAACCAACCGGCUCACCAAUAUUUUCUUUAUAACCGGCGCUUAUGUCGUCACUUUCCUCCUUGCAGUUCUCAUCUAUGCGACUCGAAUAUACACGAACCGAAGUGCCGUCGCCGGCAUCCCAAAGGCAUGGAUCCCCGUGGAGAAAGAAGACUUAAGCAAGAGCGUACGACGCCUGGUGAAAGAUGGACUAGCUCGCAGCGCCGUAGUGUCGUAUCAGGCUCGGCCCCGAGACACAUCGGGAGAACAAGAUAGCUUCCCGGACCACGAAUCUCUUCUCAUUGAUUCUCAACGACCACCAUGGGGGCGCGUGGAGCACCCCGGCUGGUCGUCACCCGCUUCUCCCGACCUCCCAGAUCUACCCUACCGCACUGUCAUCCAGGAACUGCCAAACUUGAUUGAGGCGAAAGCGGUAUCGCUGGCACCUGCAACCACUCUAUCGCCCACCAUUUCGGAUACAUUUGGCGCGCAUGAUGACCUGGGUACCCAGCCCUUGCCAGAUAUGCGGGCGGUGGAAGUGCUACGCCGCCCUGCCUCCAUGGGACUACGACAAUAUAUCCGACAUCUCACAUCACUGGGCGCGAUUCAGCCACCAGAACUAGGUGCAGAUUUUCUAGCGCUUUAUGAGCGAGCAAGAUUUUCUUCCCACCAGCUGCAUGAAGCUGAAUUCCGCGACCUAAUGCAUUUGUUUGCUGAAAUAUUAAGAGGGAUGACAUCACUCGCAUCGCCUAUCAUAGAUGAUAUCCACAGCGUAAGCGACCAUCGCACAGAUACUGAGUCUGUUAUUGGGCCCUCGGAUGAAGAAGGAGAGACGGAUACAGUGGACCACUUCGGGUACGAUGGGUCAUUGAUACCGAUGCGGAGUAACAGCCUUCGCCCAUCUAAUGCAUCAACCUGGGAGACCCAAUCAGGAUAUGAUACCGCGCCCGGGGUUCAAAGCCCGUAUCCUGGGAUAUCACAGGAGAGCGGGUCAUAUUUUGGGCCGGAACUUCGCACACCGUCUACUCGAUCAUUGCGACGCAUACAGUCCGGCGAAUCCGGCAGCUCUGGGGGCAGUGUGAUUCGGCUUGCUCAGCCACAGGAUCGGGGGAAUUUGCCGUAUACAAUUACCUACGCCGGUCGUAGGAACCUCUGA